UUAACAACACAAUUCAUGGCUGCAAGCAAACAAAGCAGCAGGAAUUACGGUCGUCGCGCUCGCGCUUCGGCUCGAGCACGUCGCAACCUGCGCGCUCCCGCAGAGCGCGAGCAGCAGUCAGUUCGUCAUCGCUCCAUUCAUUUUCUCCCAGACGCUGACCUGUUCAGAGCUCCUGCAAUGGCCUCCGGUGUGAAAGUCACAGAUGAAGUCAUCGCCGUCUUCAAUGACAUGAAGGUGCGUAAAGCUCAGGCCAACGAGGAUGAGAAGAGGAAAAGGAAGAAGGCCAUCCUGUUCUGCCUGAGCAAAGACCUGAAGAACAUCGUUCUGGAUGAAGGCAAAGAGAUCCUGCAGGGUGACGUGGGAACCACCGUUCAGGACCCCUACCAGGAUUUUGUGAAGAUGCUUCCCCCUAACGACUGCCGGUACGCGCUUUAUGACGCGACAUACGAGACGAAGGAAACAAAGAAGGAGGACCUCGUCUUUAUUUUCUGGGCUCCAGAUAGUGCUCCUCUUAAGAGCAAAAUGAUUUACGCCAGUUCUAAGGACGCUAUUAAGAGGAAAUUUGAAGGUAUCAAACACGAGUGGCAGGUGAACGGUUUGGAGGACCUGAAAGACCGGCACACUCUGGCAGAGAAGCUUGGCGGCUCGUCAGUUGUCAGCCUGGAAGGACGCCCUAUAUAAAUCCCCCUCCCCUCCUCUCCGGCUUCAAUCGAAGCCGUUCAGACACAUCUGUUGGGUUUAGAUGUUCAUUCAGGUUUGGGUUUGGAGAAGCAGAACCAGCAUCAUUUGUGGGACUCUCGGGGAGGGAUGCAGCGGGUGGGUUUAGGGUUUAAAUGACAAUUGAUCUAAAGAAAAAAAAAUUAAAAAGGCGGACGGUUGGUCCAGUUCUUUCAACAUAAAGUUUAUGAACAAAACACUCAUAAAGAAAACAGUUAAGAUGCAGCUGAGGAAGGAUGAUGAAGUUUAAAACGCACUUGAUCUUGUUUAACAUCAGUUUUCUUUUUUCUGGGUUCCACUUGAAAGAUUGCAGAGAAAAGGACAAAAAUUCACCUUUUUCUUUUUCAACCACUGAAUUCUGACAGUUAUUACUUUUUUUUUCCUUGCCAAACUUAAGUUUUGUGUGUGUGUGUGUGUGCGUGUAAUUUGAAAUUAGGUGUAGUAAAACUAAUUCACUCUCGAUUGCACAAAAGUAUGAAAACCUCUGUGGGAUCAUAAUUAAAUACAUUCUUAUUUCAUUUAUUAUUAUUUUUAUAUGCAAUUUGAAAAACUUGAGUGAUUUUUUUUUUCUUUCUUUCCACCUGUGUCAGAGAACACAGUAUUUGAUGUAGUAAAAACACAACAUUCCUCGUACUUGUUAAAACCAAGAUUUCCUCGUUUUAAAGCCUCCGGUGAUAUGAUGGUGUGGUGGGGAGCGAUGUGUACAUGAAGGAUGUAUCAGUGUUGAGACUGAAAACUGAAUGGUGGAUGUUUUGUAUCGUCUCCUUAUCUCUAAUAAAAAGCACUAAACUACUGA